UAAAGUAGAAAAAAUAUCUCAAUAAACGAAUUAAAAUUACAAAAAUUUGUGCAAUAUUCUAAGAAUAUUUCUGAUUCUAUAGCAAAUAUGUAUUGGCGUGUAUGCCAAAAAUUUAAGUGAGCUUUACUCAACGAUGUUAUAAGUUUUCAGCAAAAUAUUUUGAGAAAAUCUAAUAAUAAUUUUUUUCCUUACUGAAUAUAAUAAAUUUAAUAGAACAAUUAAUUAAAUCUGGAGCUAUUGAAUGAAAAUAAAGAAAUUUACAUCGUUCUGUUGUAACCGUUAACGCAUGCACGUUCUGUACUAAGAUCACAGAUUGAACGCGAUUGCCACGCGGUGUCUAAUAAUACAGUGCGUCGCGUGAGUGCCUGAAGAAGACGGUUCAUAUUACUGAUGCGUGCUUGCCGAUGCCACCUUACGAGUCGACAAUCGCUAACUUGAAGGAAGUAAUCUGGAAAUAUGACGCCCACUGCGAAGUACAAGGUUGCACAUUCGAAUAAGCUUGGAAGGUAUCUAGUGACAGCUAAAAACAUAGCGCCAGGAGAAGUUAUAAUUCGAGAGGAACCGAUCGCGGUUGGUCCGAUGAUGUACAAGAAGGAUUGUUUUUGUUUUGCCUGUAUGCGCACAUUACCGAAAAUUGGUAAAGGAAGACAGUACGUUUGCUCCAGAUGUAACUUUGCUCCGCUGUGUAGUGUAGCAUGUGAGGUACGAACAAAUCAUCACACGAAUGAAGAAUGUCAAAUAUUUAAGGAUAAUCGAGAUCUACUGACAGAAAGCGGAAUUGAUGUGGCAAGAAUUUUACUGGCCCUGAGGCUAUGGCUAAUAAAACACAAGAAUCCAGCUGUGUGGGAGAAAAUAGAUCGUAUGGAGGCUCAUUUGGAUAAAAGAAUUGGCACACCCGUUUGGAACGACAGAGAAGUCAAUGUUGUAAAUGUAAUCCGAAGGCUUCGUAUACCCGCUGAGAUUGAGCCGCCAAGCGCAGAAUUAAUGCAGAAAUUGUGCGGAAUUUUGGAUGUGAAUGCCUUUGAAUUGCGAUCACCUGGCGCUCUUGACGGUUUUCUUCUGCGAGGUUUAUACAUCGAGGUGACUUUGAUGGCUCAUGACUGUAGAGGCAACACUCACGUCACUGUGGAUGACAAAUUCCAGUUGACUGUUUAUGCGAGUGUAGCUAUCAAACAGGACGAAACUAUCUUUUUCAAUUAUACCUCGUCGCUGCUGGGUACAGCUGAUAGAAAAGAUUACCUUCGGGAAGGAAAGUAUUUCGAAUGCGAAUGCUCUCUAUGUGCAGACCCGUACGAAUUGCAAUCACAUUUGAGUAGUGUGCUAUGCCCUCGUUGUAAAAAAGGAUUUGUAGGUAUGCAAGAUACUUCCAUCGUCGAUCCAUACGAACGGAGUCGAUGGCAAUGCCAGAUGUGCAAGAAGACCUACGGCGGUCGUCUUAUUAGAGCUACAUUGAACAUAUGCAGAACACUCAUCGACGAAUGCGAGGAUGUUGAUAUAAAAAGGAUAGACGGCUUGCUUAAGCGAUUAUCUCGAUCGCUGCAUACCAACCAUUUCUUAAUGUUAUCUUUAAAACAGAAAUUAUUGACGGCUUGUCAAAAUGAAAUAACAUCUCCUAAUCCUCAAAAAAAGAUUGUAGAAAAGAUGUUGGAUGCGUGUAAAGACGUCUACAAUGUUUUAGAAAUAGUAGAACCGGGUAUAUCACGUUUAAAAGGCAUAAUGUUAUAUAAAAUGCAUUUGCCUGUAUUAAUAUUGGCACAUCGAUCUUAUUCCGCGCGUGAGAUUUCUUCAACGCAGUUGGCCUGUCAACUGGAAGAAGCCAGAGAUCUUCUAAAGAAAUCUCUGACUAUGCUUCUUUUGGAACCGCCAAUUACGCCAGAAGGAAAAUUGGCUAAGAGAGCACUGGAAGAAUUACGAACACUAAAUCAGAAUAUAAGUGACAUUAAAUCAUUGCCGCUGGAAGAGCCCAAAGUGCGUACAGCGAGAGAACAUCGUAAGAGUUAAAUGUCGUUUGUACCCUAUUUCAAUAUAUUUCUAAACUGUUAUUAGAUAUUGAUAAUUUAUAAUUUUCCUUGUAAAAAGAAUAAUACUGAAGCAACAUAUUAUGCAUAUGUACUAAAUAAAAAAUUUCCUCACCUUUGAA